ACACCUUUUUCACAUUCUUUAUUCUUUGUUUUGUUUUUCUUGCAGCAUGAUAAGGUUCGUUCUUUACAAAUCGUAUUAAUUAAUUGACGACUUGACGUUCAAAAUGAUGCUGUCGAGGCUUUUCGCUCUCUUAGGGCUAUCAAUCCUUGCUUCGGUCCGGGCUGAAAGUUCUAGUACGGAGGGUUCAAUUGCGGAUAGCUCUUCCACGGCUUCAGCGUCAAAAACAAGCUUUGUUUCAUCGGCAUCAACCACAAGUUCAUCGAUAAGCGCUUCGAAGACGGCUGUCACGACGCAUGUUGUAUCAGUUGGUGCAGAUGGCCUCAAUUACGAUCCUAGAGAAUUAACGGCGGAUGUUGGAGAUAUUAUUGAAUUUCGCUUUUAUCCAUUAAAUCAUUCUGUGGCGAGAGCAGAAUACAAACAACCAUGUAUACCAUACGAAGACACUGGGGCAGGAAAGAUUGGAUUCUGGAGUGGUUUCGAACCUACUGCUAUUGUCUCGAAUAAUCCGCCUAUAUUUAACUUACGCAUUAACGACACGGAACCUAUAUUCUUCUAUUGUUCCGCUCCUGGUGCUUGUCAAGAGGGUAUGGUUGGGGUUAUAAAUGCCAAUGCUACGCAAACCUUCGAUGUUCAGUUUGCGUAUGCUGAAAAUGCAACGAUGGAGUUCUCUCCCAAUGAAUAUUUUCCCUUAGAAACUGCAAAAGCCGUCGCUUCUGGCUCCUCUCAUAAAUCAUUACCGGCUGGCGCCAUUGCCGGUAUCGUCGUUGGUGCAGUCGCUGUAAUAGCUCUAGCAGGCGCUCUAUUCUACAUGUGCGGUCGCCACCGAACCAUGAAAGAAGUAUUUCACAAUGGGCCAUCGUCUGGGCCUCCAGCUAGCAGCAACCCUUAUGAUGAUUCUCAUAACUCAUAUAUGUCGCAAGGCGGCCGUACAGUUUCCGAAGCCAAUUAUCCAAACAUGUCCAAGUUCGCAUCUGGUCUUUCAGGCUUAGAUACCGCAUCUGGACGCUUUUCACCUCAUCAUGGUGCUUACACGGAUCCCGAUACGAAUAGUUUUAGAAGCCGAAGUCCGCCGAUUGAUGAAGUGGGUAUGCAGACGGUUAGAAAUGGCCAGUAUCAGAGUGUAUCGGUUGGAAGUCCGAUGGGAAGUCCUGGAUUCCCUAGCCCGGCGCAUAAUCACGAGUCACAUUUAAGUUCUCAGGGGUAUGGAGGACAGACAUUGAGUGAGAUGGAUGAUAGGAGUGCACAAGACGCUUUGAGAUUACAAGAGAAAGAAAGGCAAAACCAAGGCCAGGGCCCGAUCGAGCUCCCAGCUCCAAGCAGAAGCGCGAGUAUGACGGCGGGCGCGCCUUCCCCGGAAAGAGAAAGGCCGUUUUCGUACACAGAUAGCGAGAGUGGGUAUGCAGGAAUGAUGAGAAACGAAGUGGGUAAAGGCUACCGAUGAUGACCUUUGACGGAUAAUAAGGAUGGAGUUUAAUGGAGGAAAGGUAUUGUCAAUUCACUUCGCAGGAUUAGGAGUGGGAGGGAUGAAAAGCUUGGUGCGCUCGUGCUCGUGCUCGUGCUCGUGCUCGGGGCGAGACAGCUGAGGGUUAUUCAUGAUUUUGUCUGAUUUGAUUUGAUUUGAUACCACACUCUUUGGAAAUUAAUGUACCUACUUAAUUAGAUGUAUACAGAAUGGAAGGAGGCUUGAUUAUAGUAAUUCAUGAAUUUUUCACAAGCGGUACAGAAAUCCAAUGAAUGGUAUAUUUGUUUUUGGUCCUCGUUCUCCAUGAUCCCUUCAAUCAUUCCACCGGGAUUAUU